AUGAUUGAGCUCGACAAUGUGCGUUCCGGAUUCACAAUCUUGAGCAACUUCUGGGAUGACCAGUUUCAGUUGGCUCGAAAGCAGCUGGACCACAAGGCCUCGGAGCAUGACCGGGAUUUCAAGCGCGCAGCUCCGGAUCACGAGUGCGAAGCUCGAGCUCUGCAGGCCCAAGCUCUCGGUGGGGGCCCUAAAUGUGGCCCGGACGAUGAACUUCUUGAACCGUCAUGGCACUCGGGUCGACGGCAACUGACCUCGCCUGAAGGCGCUGUUGGAACACGCCAAGGACUCCAAGCUCCUCCGAGUGGUUGGAAAACUCAGAUCCUGGUCAACGCAGUUGAUGACUUUGGAGCACAAUUUGGACCUUACACCUUUGAAGACGAGGGCAGUCCAGACGACGGCGACUCCAAGGAGGAUGACAGGUCUGGAAACCGUGACGGCAGCAAGAACAAGCCUCUGGAUCUCUCGCACGAUUCGUCAAGCCCGCAGCAGACGCCCAAGAAACCUAAGGCGUCGGGCAAGUCUCGGUCUCGGGGUACGGUUCAGCUUCGCCCCUCUGCGUACGCGCCGAAUGAUCAUGACGCUCUGGAUGCCACCAAGCGGCCACUCCGGACCGUCACUCAGCGGGGACAACGAGGUGCACACCAGGAUCACAUCGCGGGCUUUAACUGA